GGUGAUGAGGCGGAUCCGCGGACUCGGUUCUCGGCGGCACAGUGACGUCCUGACGGGCUCCGUGUUCAGGACACCGACCUUCCUCUGCUGCCUCUCCGGUCAACCGGGAAUCAGUCGGUGUUAACGGAGCUGCGGCGGUGUGUGUAAUCCGCCAUUAGGAAGCAGGAGGGGGGGAGAAGCUGCAGAUCAAGCCCGAGACAGGAGCUGCUCUGCGGGGGAAGCAGGCGCAUGUUCCCGCUGACAUGUCCGCGGUUACCGGAGGAUAGACCGGCAGCUCUCUAACAGCAAGCCCCGUUACCGACCAGCAGCAGACGUCGGAGGCGAUUGGCUCAUCGUCUCAUGUCCUGUCUGCCGGCCUUCAGCUGAAGGCGGCCGGUGGGAUCCGACCAAUGACCUGCCAGUCGUCAGAGUCCGCCGACACCAUCGAGAGCGAGAGACGAUCGGACAGCAACGCUACGACAGACGAGAGCCGCAUCGCCUUAGCCAUGAAAGACCUGAAGAACACCGGCUGGUACUGGGGCAGUCUGACUGCCAACGAGGCCAAAGAGAUCCUGCAGGACGCGGCUGAGGGGACAUUUCUGGUGCGGGACAGCUCUCAGAGGGAUUACCUGUUCACCAUCUCAGCGAUGACGUCCGCGGGUCCCACCAACCUGCGCAUCGAGUACAAACACGGCAAGUUCAAGCUGGACUCGGUGGUCCUGGUGAAGCCCAAGCUGAAGCAGUUUGACAGCGUGGUGCAUCUGGUGGAGCACUACGUCCAGCUGUCCAGGACAGGACUCAAGGCUCCGCCCAGCUCUCAGCUGCCAGCCAAUAGCACGGUGCAGCUGCUGCUCACCAAACCCGUGUACACCGCCACACCGCCGCUGCAGCACCUCUGCCGCGUUGCCAUCAACAGGACCACUCGGCGAGUCCAGGACCUGCCGCUGCCCAACAGACUGAAGGACUACCUGACGGACUACGCCUACAACGUGUAGCCGCGUCCCAUCAUGCCUUGCUGCUGCAGCUCGGACAUGCAAUAAUGAGCAGUAAGUCCGCAGUAAUGAGAUUUCCCACCCUGACAGGAGCCUGAAUGUGUUGGCUGAGAAACAAACCACUCUGUUUCUGUUGGCGGCGCCACAGACAGGAAGUUACCUCAGCUCUGACACAGGAAGUUGACGCUCCGCACGCUGCAAGGUGCUGCAUUCACUGACCACAGGGAGAGUUCAAAGAGCCCUCUGCAGGAGCCUCAGGACCAGAGUCACAUGUGUAACCACGGCGAUGUGAUUGACAGAUGGAUAGAAUGAAGGUUUGGUCACAUGACGCAGCAGCAGAGUUUCUAUUGGCUGAAUUUAAACUGCUGCAGGAUUGAAGCGUCAUGUGACCAACACCUGAACACACCGUCUGCCUCAGAGCGACAAAUCAGAUUCAUUCAAAUUUUUAAUUUAGUUUUUACACGUUAAAUAUCUGCUGAGUCGUUAAAACAUGCAGUAAAGUUGAAGCAUGUCGUCAUGACGACCGUGAGAACUGUGAUAAUGUUGCGAGCCGUUUGAGGGUUUAAAACACAAUAUGACAACAUAUCUAAAUAAGUGAUUAAUUACAGAGUCUGGCUGUCGUGAGGCGUUGAUGGGUUUUAUUAACAAGUCAGAAAUAUCGGUGCUUUUUAGAGUUUCACAGUCAAACGAUAUUAAUGAGUCUGAAACUUGUAACUGUGAUAACUGCUGAUGUGUCAGCUGUCGUCACCUGGAGGUGAAGGUUGGAUGAUCUUCACUCAGCUCUGAGUGUUUACCUGCUGGACGUCGCUCAGGAAGAAAAAACAACAAUCUGUUUCUAUGUUUGGAGUAAAACCCAACAGCAGAGUGGUUAUUUCAGGUUUUUUAUAACUGAUAACAAUAUUUUGACCAAUAUUCACUUGUUUGACAUAAAAAGAAGAUUUUUAACAUCUGACUCGUUCGUCUUCAGGCUGAAUAUUUGAGAGUUCAGGAUGUCUGAUAACGAUUGAUUGGACGAUUAAUUAGUCUACACAAACAUGCAGAGUCGUGUUUGUUGGUUCGUUUAAUUACAGACGAUUCAUCAGAGUCACAGAAACAACUCCUGCUUUUAUAAAAUGGAUACAAAAUAAUUAAGAAACGCUGGACGUUUUAUUUCCAGCUGAUCUAAAACUGAUCAAGUUUAUAUCAGCUUGGCUGAAACUGUAAUAGAAAGUUUUAUUUAUAUAUUUGAUUUAAAGUUAAUCUCUGCAGCAUUUUUAAAACCAGUUACAAAAACCUCAAAAGGUAAAAAGAGGCAGUUAUGGUGCUACUGAUAAUAAUCAGUCUGUAGAUGAUCUUCUAGAAGAAAACCAAAUGUGAUUCUCUGAAUGUAUUAAAUUCACUGAAAACGGACAGAAACUAAACAUCAACAAUCAUCAUCACUGUUUAGAAACUGAGCCGAGGAUGUUUAAACUGGUCUGAUUGGCUGAUGGAGCGGCAGGUAAACGACCUGAUCGAUCCUCCUGCUGGAAAACAAACAAACGUGUUGAUCGUUUUCAUCUGGACAAACGUCACAGUCUCUUUAAUAACAAGUCCUCCACACAGACUUUGUCCCCGCUGGCUGUAGUACUCACUGCCUCUGGACCAAUCACAUCACAGGAAAACAAACAGCUGAUAUGAGACAGAGCCGCUGGUGCUCGAACUGUUUGAACUGAAACUCAAAGUCAACAACACGUUUAGCUUCAAGUUCACAACAAACAUGAUUACUCAUGAUUCACUCUGAGUGUUACCAGGGGCCAACAAAGGACUGACCAGGGGCCAACCAAGGACUGACCAGGGGCCAACAAAGGACCGAUCAGGGACCAACAAAGGACCGAUCAGGGACCGAUAAAGGACUGACCAGGGGCCAACAAAGGACUGACCAGGGGCCAACAAAGGACUGACCAGGGGCCAACCAAGGACUGACCAGGGGCCAAUAAAGGACCGAUCAGGGACCGAUAAAGGACUGACCAGGGGCCAACAAGGGGGCGACAAAGGACUGAUCAGGGACCAAGAAAGGAAUGACCAUGGGUCGAUAAAGGACUGACCAGGGACUCACAAAGGACUGACCAGGGACAGAAAAAGGACUGACCAGGGGCCCACAAAGGACCGAUCAGGGAACAAGAAAUGACUGACCAGGGGCUGAUAAAGGACUGACCAGGGGCCAAUAAAGGACCGAUCAGGGACCGAUAAAGGACUGACCAGGGGCCAACAAGGGGGCGACAAAGGACUGAUCAGGGACCAAGAAAGGAAUGACCAAGGACUGAUAAAGGACUGACCAGGGACCCACAAAGGACUGACCAGGGACCAAGAAAGGACUGACCAGGGGCCCACAAAGGACUGACCAGGGACCAAGAAAGGACUGACCAGGGACCAAGAAAGGACUGACCAGGGACCAAGAAAGGAUUGACAUUAGUUUUCAGCUCUAAACUGAAUCGGUUUCAGUUUUUCGGUCUCAAACAGAAGAAGACUUUCUCUCAUUUGAUCAGAACUGGUUUUUGUUUCUGUGACUCUAAAAUGUCCGGCAGCGCUGCGAGGGUCCACCUCCAUCUUUCCAUCUUCUAGCGUCACUCUUGUGUUUAUGAAGUGGGGGGGGGCUGGGGGCCGUUUCCAUGACGAUGACGAUUUGUUAGCAGCAGUAGGUCACUCAGGUAAAUGGGUCUCUCUCUCUCUCUCUUUCUCUCUCUGUCUCUCUCUCUCUCUCUCUCUUGCACUCGUUGGUCCACUGUGUUGAUUUGUGUCGACUCCACGCGAUGUUUCUUUAAUAUUUGAAUAUUCUGAUGUCUUAUUUUUGUACGGAGGACUAAUCAUUGAAGGGAAGGGUCGUUUUCUUUCUCCUGUUCUGAGACCAGAUGACGGAUGAAUAGAUGUUGAAGCAGGUCGAUGACUCUUUGUACAUAUCACAGCUGUGGGACUGAAUCAGCUCUGGGCCUGUUUGAUUUUUUAAAAUAUUUAUUGAUUGUGUCUCACUGUGUUUUCUGGUACAUGUUUUUGUAACGAGGCUGCUCACACUCUGAAAGCAUGCUCUGCCUCUGAAAUGUUGAUCGGCUCCACUUAUGAGAUCAAUAAAUUUUUUAUAUGGUGCUUCAUCA